AUGAAUAUUUCACAGCCCAUCUCGUCGUCCGUAGAGACGGUCGAGUUUACUUUCCUCACCGAGGAAGAAAUCAGAGCCAUCUCUGUCAAGCGAAUUGAGAACGACAGUACUUUCGAUAACCUCCUUAACCCCGUUCCUGGUGGUCUCUAUGAUCCUGCCCUCGGUUCCUGGGGCGACGCUCUCUGCGCGACAUGCAAUCUGAAUCAGUCGUCAUGCCCUGGCCACGCCGGCCACAUCGAGCUUCCUGUGCCCGUAUACCACCCAAUUUUUCUCGACCAAGUCCUCCGGCUUUUGAGAUCUCAAUGUGUCUACUGCAAAGGUUUUCGCAUGCGUCAUCGCGAAAUCAACCGCUACUCCUGUAAAUUGCGACUAUUACAACAUGGUCUUCUACACGAAGCCCACUUAGUUGACGCCAUCGGCGAGGAGCUCAAGGGACUUGCGAUGCCAGGAGUACCCACCGACUACGAGAGUGAGGCCGAGGAAGAAGGCACGUCUGCUGUUGACAAUGUCGUUGGUGCACGCGAGGCCUUUGUUCGCCAGAGUCUUAAGGCUCACAAGCUCAGCAUUGGUGAAGUUCGGAAGGGCAAGCACGAAGGAUCGAUUGAAAUGCGGAGAGAGCUCAUCAAAGAUUUUAUGACGCAAAUCACCAAACCUCGGAAAUGCGACAAUUGUGGCGGUAUCUCUCCUGCUUACCGAAAGGAUCGCUUCGUUAAGAUUUUUGAGAAGGCGCUCAGCGAAAGGGACCUUGCCCAUAUGGCCCAAAGGAAUUUGCAUCUUAAGGAUUCGAUGGCUACUUCGGCCCGCUUGCCGAAGUCAAAGGCCAAGCGCAGCCCCAAUCACGCCGACGAAGGCGUUGCAGACGUUGACAUGGCUUCAUCUGAAGAGAACGACGUGGAAAUGCGCGACGUCAGCAGCGACGAGCGUGACCCAACGGACAAAGAAGAACAAUCCCGUGUGGAUGCUGUUACGGUUGCCCCAGGGCAACAGCGAUACAUCAGCGCGAUGGAAGUUCGGGCUCGCCUGAGAGAACUCUUCGAGAAGGAGCAGGAUAUUAUGUCGUUGGUCUAUAACUCGAAACCAAUGACUAAGAGGGCGGCUAAAGUUACAGCUGACAUGUUCUUCCUCCGAACUAUUCUUGUACCUCCCAACAAGUUCCGCCCUGAAGCUCGUACAGGCGACUCUCAAAUCUCCGAAGCCCAGCAAAAUUCUUUGUACAAAAUGAUCUUACGGAACUGCGGCAACAUUGCGAGAAUACAUCAGAAUGUUGGGGGUACAGAUCAGUACGGCAGAAUGCGGGAUAUCAACGAUUUGCAUCAAAUCUGGACCGAGUUGCAAGAAUCUGUCAACUCCUUGAUUGACAAGAGCAAGAACCCAGUGCAGGGCGCAGCCGCCAAGAGAAACGAAGACGGCAUUAAGCAAAAGCUAGAAAAGAAGGAGGGUCUUUUCAGAAAGAACAUGAUGGGCAAGCGAGUCAACUUCGCGGCUCGAAGCGUCAUCUCCCCCGACCCCAACAUUGAAACCAACGAGAUUGGUGUGCCGCCUGUCUUCGCUCGCAAGCUUACCUAUCCUGAGCCGGUCACAAGUCACAACUUCAGAGACAUGCAGCAAGCCGUUAUCAACGGUGUUGACAAGUGGCCCGGUGCAGCGGCUAUCGAGUAUGAGAAUGGACAGAUUGUUAACCUGCGGUCCAAAUCUGUUGAUGAUCGUGUAUCACUUGCCAACCAACUUCUUGCGCCGACUAACAAUCAGAUGAGUGGCAUGAAGAGCAAGAAGGUCUACCGACACCUGACGAAUGGCGAUGUGGUUUUGAUGAACCGUCAGCCAACUUUGCACAAGCCGUCCAUCAUGGGCCACCGGGUCCGUGUGCUGCCUGGGGAGAAAACGAUUCGAAUGCACUACGCCAACUGCAACACGUACAAUGCAGACUUUGAUGGAGACGAGAUGAACAUGCAUUUCCCACAAAAUGAGGUAGCCAGAGCCGAGGCUCUUCAGAUCGCCGACACGGACCACCAGUACUUGUCAGGAACGGCCGGCAAGCCCCUUCGCGGUUUGAUUCAAGACCAUCUUUCAGUUUCAGUGGCGCUGUGUAACAAGGACACCUUCUUCGACCGCGAUGCCUAUCAACAACUUAUUUACUCUGCCUUGCGCCCAGAGAGUGGCCAUAUUCUUGGCGAACGAAUCGAACUCAUCCCCCCGGCCAUCAUCAAACCAGUACCAAGAUGGACAGGCAAGCAAGUUGUCACUACAAUUUUAAAGAACAUCAAACCCCUCAAUGGCGAAGGUCUCUGGAUGACUGGUAAGAGUCAAGUCAAGGGCGAGCAAUGGGGAAAGUUCUCGGAAGAGGGAACCGUCUUAUUCCAGGAUGGGCAGUUCUUGUCCGGUAUUCUCGACAAGGCGCACCUUGGUCCCAGCUCUGGUGGUUUGAUUCAUGCCAUUCAUGAGAUAUACGGCCCCGCAGUCGCAGGCAAGCUCUUGAGUGGUAUGGGCCGACUGCUCACAAGGUACCUGAAUAUGCGGGCGUUUACUUGUGGUAUGGAUGAUCUUAGACUCACUCCAGAAGGCGAGAAAUCUAGACGGGAAACCCUCAAGGCAGCCAAGGACAUCGGCCUCGAGGUUGCGGCUAAGUACGUGUCACUUGAGGAAAAGACACCCAACAGCACAGAUUCUGAGCUUCUUACUCGCUUGGAGGAGGUUAUGCGUGACGACAGCAAGCAAGAAGGUCUUGAUAUGCUUAUGAACCAGAGCUCUGCAAAAGUUUCAAGUUUGGUCACAGCUGCCUGCUUGCCAAUUGGUUUGGUCAAGCAAUUCCCCAAGAACCAGAUGCAGUCGAUGACGACAUCUGGCGCCAAAGGUGGACAGGUCAAUGCCAAUCUCAUUUCGUGCAACUUGGGACAACAGGUCCUUGAGGGCAGGAGAGUUCCACUUAUGGUCAGUGGAAAAUCUCUGCCCUGCUUCCGGCCUUUCGAGACGGACGUUCGUGCUGGUGGCUAUAUUGUUCAGCGUUUCUUGACUGGCAUCCGGCCCCAGGAGUACUACUUCCAUCAUAUGGCUGGUCGCGAGGGUCUCAUCGACACCGCUGUAAAAACUUCCCGUUCAGGCUACUUGCAGCGAUGUAUCAUCAAGGGCAUGGAGGGACUAACGGUAUCAUAUGAUUCUACGGUUCGUGAUGCAGAUGGCACGUUGGUACAGUUUCUCUACGGUGAAGAUGGGUUGGAUCCGACCAAACAGAAGUACUUGUCAGAUUUUGGAUUCGUCCUCCGCAACAUCAGUUCCGAGACCGCUCAGCUUGGCUUCAGCAACGACUUCAAGGACAAAUUCGCCGGCAGCAAAGACGAAAUUCUUAAGCACAUGAAGAGUGCUAUUAAGCAUGCUAAGCUGAAUAGCGACGCCCCUAAGGACCCAAUUAUUUCUCUUGUCAAUCCAGCAAGAGUAGCAUUCGCAACAUCAGAAAAAUUCUACGAGCAGAUGACAAAGUACAUCAAGGACAACAAGGAUGGCCUGGUUCGAGACAAGACGAACGCGCCGUCGGGUUUGAUCAAUGCACCCGCUGUUAGCAAGAAAACGGCAGAACUUGUCCUUGCCGCUAAGUACAUGAGGUCACUGGUCGAGGCUGGCGAAGGUGUUGGCAUCGUCGCUGGUCAGAGUGUGGGUGAACCUUCGACGCAGAUGACACUGAAUACCUUCCAUUUGGCUGGGCACUCGGCCAAAAACGUCACACUUGGUAUUCCUCGUCUCCGUGAAAUUCUCAUGACGGCCAGUCGAUUCAUUUCCACACCGUCGAUGACUCUCUUCCUUCACGAAGAACUCUCCGCCACUGAAGGAGAGAUCUUUGCUAAAUCCAUUAGUGUUCUGCCCUUGGCUGACGUGCUGGACACAGCUACUGUUAACGAGCGCGUUGGAAAAGGCAAGGAUGGCGCUUUGGCUAAGCUUUAUGAUGUACGCCUUAACUUUUUCCCUGCCGAGGAAUACACCAAGACGUACGCAAUUGACACGUCCGAUGUGAUGGACACCGUCGAAAAGAGAUUCUUGGAUCAUCUUCUGAAGAUGAUGGUCAAGGAGAUCAAGAAACGUCGCAGUCAAUCCAGCUCGGCCACACCGGAUGUUGGCGCUAAGGCUGGCGUAGUGGAAAUGGCAACAGGCAACGGAGAGACAAGAGGUGGUGGGGACGAUAACGACGACGACGAUGAUGAUGGCGAUGGUGACGCAACAAACGCCAAACAAAAGGCGAACCGGGAAGAAGCUGUUUCCUACGGUCCUAAUGACGACGAAGACGACGCCAUUCAGCGACAAAUGGAGCGCGAGACAUCUGUCGACGAAGAUGAAGGGUUUGAGGGCAGCCCGCCACCGGAUGCCAGGAAGGAGAACUCGGAUGACGAGGAAGAUGAUGAUGAUUCGGAAAGCGAAGGUGGAUGGAGAGCAGAGCGUGUGAAACAACGGUACCUCCGUGUUACCCGGUUCCGCAGCGAUGAAGCCGGAGAAUGGUGCGAGUUUACACUCGAGUUUGAGGCUGAUACCCCCAAGGUGUUGAUGCUCAACAUUGUGCAAGCAGCAGUCAAGAAGUCGGUCAUUCAGCAGAUUCCUGGUGUUGGUUCUUGCACCUUUACGGCCGAUCAUAAGACGACGGACCCCGUUACAGGCAACGAUAUUUCGGUGCCGGCAAUCUACACAUCGGGUGCAAACCUCAAGGCAAUGCAAAAAUAUGGUGACUUCAUCAACCCAAACAAGAUUGCAACCAACGAUAUUGCAGCUGUCCUGGAUGUGUAUGGUGUCGAGGCAUGCCGGAACAACAUUGUUUCCGAAUUAGGGGGUGUCUUCGGAGGCCACGGCAUCAGCGUCGACAACAGACACUUGAAUCUCAUCGCCGAUUAUAUGACGCGCAACGGUGAUUUCACACCCUUCAACCGUAAUGGCUUGCGCGGAAACGUCAGCCCCUUCACCAAGAUGAGUUUUGAGACGACUCUCUCUUUCUUGAAGGACGCCGUACUUGAUGGCGACUGGGACGACCUCAGGACACCAAGUAGUCGUAUUGUCAUGGGCCGCUUGGGCAGGAUUGGCACGGGUGCGUUCGAUGUCUUGACAGCUCUGCCGACGCAUCAUGUCUCUCCUCAUACCGAGUAG